UCCUUGGGGUUAUCUUUCUGGUCAUACUAUCUAGACGGGAUAACCCUUGGGAUAAUCAUAUCAAGUUAUUGAUUCAUUGGUUGAAAUUAAGAGUAUAAAUAAAGUUUUUUGAGUAACAAAUAAAAAUGGCUGACAGUAAAGCGACCGUUGGCAUUUCUGUCCUGGCCCUUUUCCUGGUGGUGGCGGCCGUGUCGGUGGCCGUGGUGGUUACCCGGAAAGAGGACAGUCCGUCGGAACACGACCGCGCGUCCACGGCUCCGCACGUUUCCACGUCGACAAAAAACGCCGUGGACAGCGUUUGCAAGCCGACUUUGCAUAGCGAGACGUGCAAGAAGAAGCUCUCCGCCGCCACCAACAGCACCGACACGAAGGAGCUGGUGGAAGUGGCGUUUAAUGUGACGAUGGAAGAGAUCUCGGACGCUAUGAAGAAGUCCAAGACUCUCCAGGACGCCGCCAAGGACCCCAGGACCUCUGAGGCGUUUAAGGUCUGCCAGGGCCUGUUGGAGGACUCCAUUGAUGAUAUCAGGCGGUCCUUGGAUAAGAUGCUGGACUACACCGCCGCCGCCUCCAAUCUCAAGCUCUACAUGAAUGAUAUUAAGGUAUGGCUGAGCGGGGCCUUGACGUUCGAGAACACAUGUCUGGACGGAUUCCAGGGCACGAAAGGGGACAAUGCGGAGAAAAUGAAAAAGCUAUUGGCGACAGCUCAACAGCUGACCGGCAAUACCCUGGAAAUGGUUAAUGAAAUCCAUGAGGCUAUAACCUCUCUCGACAUUCCAGGUUUUAGCCGGAGACUCCUCAAGAACCCGGGGGAUAAUAAUUUACCGGGAUGGGUUACCACCGCCCAGCGCCGCCUCCUCGAGUCAACGGCUCCGUUGACCCCUGACGCGGUGGUCGCUAAAGACGGGUCAGGGAAAUACAAGACAAUCAACGAGGCCAUCGCGACUAUCCCUCUCAAAGGGAAAAAGCCGUUCGUUAUCUACAUCAAGGCCGGCGUUUAUCAGGAAUACGUUGUUCUCACGAAGAAAAUGUUGCACGUGGUUUUGGUCGGGGACGGCCCGACAAAGACGAAGAUUACGGGUGACAGGAGUUAUAUAGGUGGGUUCCAAACUAGUGAAACCGCGACGGUUAUAGCUAAAGGGGAUGGGUUUAUGGCUAAGAAUAUUGGGAUUGAGAAUUCCGCCGGGGCGCAAAAACAUCAGGCCGUGGCUCUCCGGGUCCAGGGCGAUGAGGCGGUUAUAUAUAACUGCCGAAUCGACGGCUACCAAGACACUUUAUACGUGCACGCGCACCGACAAUUCUACCGGGACUGCACCGUCACCGGAACCAUCGAUUUUGUGUUCGGAAACGCCGCCGCCGUUUUCCAGAAUUGCACGCUGGAGAUCAGGAAGCCGCUGAUAAGUGCCGGGAAAGGCCAAUCUUGUAUGGUGACGGCCCAGGGGAGAGCCCAGGCCGACGAGCCGACGGGAAUCGUGAUUUUGGACUCCCAAAUCAUCGCCUCCCCCGAAUAUUUAAGCUCGCCGAGCCCGAUCGUGUCCUUCCUGGGCCGUCCGUGGAGACAACACUCGAGGACGGUGAUUAUUAACUCGAAAAUCGACGCGCCCAUCGCGCCGGAGGGGUGGUCGCCGUUCCAGGGGACGUGGGGACUGACAGAUUGUUGGUACGGCGAGUUUGGGAACACCGGGAAGGGUGCGGAUUUGAGCAAGAGAGCCAAGUGGCCUGGAAUCAAAGGGCUGAUGAGUAAAGAGCAGGCUGAAGGUUUUGGUCCUGGAAAAUUCAUUAUGGGCGACACUUGGAUCUCUGAUGCUGGGGUGCCUUAUGACGCCGGCUUAACGACCAAUCAACCUUCACCUUCAUCUUCACCCUCACCCUCACCUAGUUAAAAAAGAAUCUGAUAUUGAAAUGUAAUUGUGUGUCAUGUAUCAUCGGUUAGCAGUUAGAGUUCAGCUAUUAGCGAAUUGGAUUAGGUUAGUUCAUAGCGGGGUGUGUUAGCAUUUUUGAC